UAUGUGGGGAGACAUCAGGUGUUUCUUACUUUUAAUUUUCGCUAUAAAUUGGUCAAACUACAUUUAACUUACUUUUUAUUAAUUAUCAAAAUGUAGUUUCACACCAUUACAUGCAUUACUUAUUACUUGAUAAAAAGAAUAAUUUUGAUAUAGUUUAAACAAUAAAAACAAGUUAAUAGUAAGUAUUUGACAAAUAACGCAAGGUGAAUUAAUAAGAGAAACACAAACAAAAGUAAAGGGAUAAUACAAGGGUAAGCAAUACGAACAAUGAGGAAUAGAACUAGGAUGUAUGGAGGUGUUACCAUGGUAAUAUUUUGUACAUUUAUGCUACUACAAGCGACCGUUUCGGGACAUGAUAGUGAAGAGGAUGAUAUCAAAGAGGAUAAACAUAAACCACACAUUAAUAAAAAAGUGAGUCAAUGCUUCAGAACAAAAGGAAAUCCCUUCAUCACUAUUUACUGUGGACUCAACAGUAUGGUUAAGAUCCAUAAAGCUAUACAUGGCAUGCAUAACGAGAACACUACUGUAUGUCAUCCUCUGGAGAAUGAUUGUGAAGAAGACGUACUGAACUCUAUUCAUUACGACUGGUCACAUUGUAUGGGAUCGUCUCAUUGUGUCUCGUCUGUGGGUCAUUCCUGGCUGGCGGACUGUGGCAAUUAUAGCAGCUACUUGGAAGUGGAAUAUGAAUGUGUACCAAAAAAGGAGGUCUUCGACAUUUGUGAAAAGUUUGAAUCAACGUUGACUGGUCACGGGUAUCUGAAAUCUCCAAACUACCCAAAGCACUACCCCAUUCAGCAAGAUUGCGAAUGUUAUCUGAAAACAGACAAGAAAACCCAAUUAACUGUUACUUUCUUUGAUUUGACUCUUGAGAUGAAAAACAGAAAUCAGUGCACUGAUUGGUUACUUUUACAGUCAGGUGACUAUGACGGCAAGCAUAAGGACUUGAAUUGUGGCCAGAUCACCAUGGAAGAAAAGAAGGUGACAACAGACAAAAAUGAUCUUGUGGUCCAUCUUCACACAGACAGAUAUGCUAACAAGACACAAACCUUCGAAUUUAAGACCAGUAGAAAACUCAAAGGAUUUUGGCUACAGUUCGAAGCUGAAAAUAAUGCAGAUAUAAAGAUUAAAUGUGGAAAAGCAGAAACGAAACAACUUCAAAGUUUGAAGCCGAACAUACCAAAGCCCGAUGGCAGUAAGGAUAAAAGCCCAUAUACUCUCGGUGGCGCUUCUUCAAUAGGACAGUCACUUGCAGUAAUAUCACUUUUGUCAUUAACCUGGCCGUUGCUCAUACGAUUAUAAGACGAAACGUCUUCAACAUUUUGAAAUUGUUUGCCAUUAGGAAAUACUAAUCAAUAGUUAUUAUCAAUCACUAUAGGACCAUAUUCUACUCCUUCACGAACACGUUUAUCUUAAUCUCCCCAUUACACAUAUAUAUUCCUUUCAUUUGAGUAUAACUAUUAUUUGGUAGGGCGAGGGGUUUUCAAAAAUCAGGGACUCAAUAUGAAGCACAAAUUAAAAUCAAAUGGAGGAAAUGAUUAUGAUGAAACUUGCAACAAAAGAACUGAAACGCACAUUUUGAUACGAUUAAUAGUAGACUCACAGUGGAAAUUGAGUUGUAUCAUGUAUAAAACAGAUAUCUGUAUAAUUACUUAUAAAGAGGAGAUGUAAAUGCUUAUUGUAUAUAUUUCUUAU